UUUAGAAUGACCAAAAUCGGGGGUCCUUAAACCGGAAUCUGCGGUUCUGAAAAUGUACCCACGUGUACUUUCUUCCACAAUAUACUUCAAUGCAUAAGCCCCUUCAGGCACACGAACACGCGCAGUAUCAAAUUCCGGCUGUCUUCUAACCAGCUUUUCUAGCUUCCCCCGUGAGCAUGGCCGGAGGAAACCCUCCGAAACAACCUUCAAACAAGCCACCCAAUCGUCCACCAGCCUCAUCCCACCGCAACAAAUCCCACAGGGAAUCCUCCGCCACCACCACUCCCUCUAAUAAAAAACCCUCCACCUCCGAACCCGGUAAACCAAAACCCAGCUCAAAUAAUCCCAAACCCCCAACCCCGAAACCCAAACCAAAUAAUUACACCAAUAAACCAUCUCCAAAACCCUCUUACCCAUCUCCCAAUCCCGACCAGAAUCGGCACUCCAAGCUUCCCCCUUUCCCUUUCCUGGACCCACCUCCACCACCUGCUUAUGGAUACCACUUGCUGGACCGCCGAACUAUUGUCUUGGCCGACGGCUCCGUCCGGUCUUAUUUGGCUUUACCCCCGGAUUAUCAGGAUUUUACUUCAUUGCCACAUCCGCGCGAAUUCCGAGGGCCGGGUAUCACGUUUGAUAGGAAAAUCCCGAUGAGCCCGGAUUUUCGUGGGCCUGAAUUUCGGCCUGAAGUGGGUGGAAGGGGUGAUGGGUUCAUGAGGAGUUGGAGCCAGGAGCAUAGAACUUUGGGUUUUGAGGGGCGGGGAAAUGGACCUGGAAUGGUUGAAGGGCCCCGGCCAGGAAUUGGGCCCGGUAACUUGACUAAGAGAAAGUUUGGAGAUGAGGAAAGAGAAGGGAGAGAUGGUUUUGAGAGGCAAAGGCAACAGCUUUUGCAGUAUGGGAAGGCGGAUGGAAACUUAGGUGGGAUGCCGGGGGCAAGUAGAGGGUAUAUGGGAAAAGGGGUGGAAAUGAGGGCUGCGAAGUAUAUGAGGACCGAUGAAGUUAAUGUAGGUAAACUUAAGCAUAAUGGGAUUGAUCAAGUUGCGUUAAAGAAAGCGUUUUUGCAUUUUGUGAAGAUUAUUUAUGAUGAUCCAAAUCAGAAGAAGAAGUACUUGGCAGAUGGAAAGCAAGGUUCUUUGAAGUGUAUUGCUUGUAAAAGGUCGAAAGACUUUUCAGAUAUGCAUGGUCUCAUUAUGCACGUUUACAGCUCAGAUCAUGCUAACUUGAUUGUGGAUCACUUGGGCUUACACAAGGCUUUUUGUAUACUCAUGGGAUGGAAUUAUAGGACUCCUCCCGAUAACUCAAAGAUUUAUCAGUUUCUGUCUGCUGAGGAAGCAGCAGCAAACUUAAGUGAUCUUAUUAUCUGGCCACCCUUGGUGAUAAUUCAUAAUACAAACACAGGGAAAGGUAGAGAAGGUCGCACAGAGGGUUUGGGAAACAGGGCAAUGGAUAAUUACCUCAGAGAUCUUGGAUUUCAAGGUGGCAAGUCAAAGACCUUGUACUCGAGAGAUGGCCAUCUGGGCAUUACCCUGAUUAAGUUUGGUGCUGAUCAGUCAGGUUUGAAGGAGGCUGUGCAGCUGGCUGAAUAUUUUGAAAAAGAAAAGCGUGGGCGAAAUGGUUGGGCCCACAUUGAGUCGUUGAAUUUAGGCAAGGACGAUGAUGAUAGUAAUCCAAACCUUGUUAAGGUGGAUGAGAUGACAAGGGAAAAAAAGAGGAUCUUUUAUGGCUAUUUGGCAACUAUUACUGACAUGGACAAACUUGAUCCCGAUACUAGGAAGAAAAGUGUGAUUCAGAGUAGGAGGGACUGGAUGCCUCCUAAGUAGCAUUAUUCAGGCAAUUCAAGAUAUUGGUUUGAUUUUGAAUCGUUAAUUUUGCUUCAUGAUAUUUGAAGCGUUAAUUUUCUUCAUGAAAUUUGGAGCUCAUUUAACCUCACACCUACUAGAAAAGUAUGAAAAAGCAAUAUGAUGAAGGUUGCUUGGUUCAACUUUUUGGGCAGGGAAGGUUUAAUGUCCACUUCUUUGGAGCGAGAUCACUUAGAAAGAUGUUAAUCAAUUAGAUUGCUUGUAUCUUUGCCCUGAUUCUGUCUGUGGCGGUAUCAUUGUGUAGUCAUACAGGGGCUUUGAGGUUCUGCAAUGUAGUGGAAUUUGAUUAUGCAGUUAGUAGCGGCUAAAGAUGAAUUCCCAUGACUAAA